AUGGGAGUCCCAAUUCUCGACCGUCUUAAUUUUCGUGAUUACCAAGCUUUAUUCAUUGGGUUUACUUUUUUAGCUUUUGAAACAUUACUUCGUGUUAUCACUUGGUGCUUACCGACGGUUGUAUUAGAGCUAUAUGAACGUACAUCUCCAGCAAUAAUAUUACAGCAUGCGAUUACAUUUAAAGAAAUGGCAGCCCACUGGGGAUAUACAACCGAAGAUCACAUUGUACUUACUCGCGAUCAAUAUAUUCUUGGAAUUCAUCGAAUUCCUCAUGGAAAAUCCGAGAUAAAUUUAAAUGAUGAUGAUAAUAACGCAAAUAAUAUCCAGACCAUAUUACAGAAUGGUCAGAUCCCUAUAUCAGCCGUCCGUAAUACUAGCUCGAAUUUGGACCCGUUUCAGAGUACUAAACCCGUCGUAUUGAUGUAUCAUGGGUUCAUGAUGUGUAGUGAUGUGUGGAUGUGUAAUUUGGAGGAAGAAAGACGACUCGCGUGUUUAUUGGCUGAUGCAGGUUAUGAUGUGUGGUUUGGUAAUUGCCGUGGUAACAAAUACUCGAUGAAACACGCUCGUUAUAAACCAAGCGGACGACGAUUCUGGGAGUAUUCGAUGGAUGAAUGCGCACUUUAUGAUUUGCCGGAUACUAUUGAUUACAUUCUAGAAACGACUGGGGCAUCAUCACUUUCGUACAUUGGAUUUUCACAAGGAACUGCACUACAGUUCGCCGCGCUGUCGGUGAGCCCUAAACUUAAUAAAAAAGUUAAUUUAUUCAUUGCAUUGGCUCCUGCUACAAGACUGCGAAAUCCAAUUGUCGAUGCCUUCAUCAAAGCAUCACCAACCGUGAUUUUUUUAUUUUUUGGCAGAAAAGCAUUUCUUACGAUGACACUAUUCUGGCAAAAAGUACUCUCACCACCAAUUUUCACAAAGAUCCUUGACACCUCAAUGAAUUUUCUGUUUGGAUGGGAGGGUAAAAAUAUGACGGAGGCGCAAAAAGCAGUCUCAUAUAAUCAUCUUUAUAGUUUGGCUAGUGUGAAGAGUUUAGUGCACUGGUUUCAAAUAAUGCGCGCAAGUAAUUUCCAAAUGUACGAUGACCUCCCGCCCUAUUCAUCAAAAGGAUCAAUCACACACGGUUUUCCAACCAAACAAAUUAAAACCCCAAUCGCUGUGUUUUACGGUGGCAGUGACAGUUUGGUAGAUAUCGAUAUGUUGCUGAAGCAAUUGCCUAAACCUGUUCUAGUCAAAAAAGUGGAAAAAUAUGAACAUUUAGAUUUCCUUUGGGCUUCAGAAGUCCACGAAGAAGUGUUUCCAGAUAUUUUUAAGCUUUUGCGAAAUUAUAAUCCUCACAGCACUGAAGAUUUUUAA